CCGGGAUGGGGGAGGCCGGGCCGGGGCCGGGGCCCGGGCCCAGGGAGGCGCAGGAGCCCGAGGAGGACGAGGCGGCGGCGCCGGGCGGUGCACGAGGGGGCCGGGCUGGGCCCCGCGGCGGCAUCCGGGUGCUGAAGAGGAACGCGAAGCGCGCCGGCAGCAGGAGCUGCCUGAGCAGGAGCCGGGUUGGGUCCCGUGAGAGGGCCUGGCUGAAAGGGGACGUCGGACGGGGCUGCGUGUAUGUUUAUGGAAGAGACUCUGCAGCUGCGGCUCACUCGGACUUGCGCCUGGUCCUGUGCACGGUGGACACCCCAGCGUCGGAGAUCUGUAAUGGAGAAGGGAGGAAAAACCUCUUUUUGCAGCUUCAUGGAGACCUGGUCAGGAGGCUGGAGCCCACAGAAAAACCCCUUCAGAUUGUGUAUGACUACUUGGCUGGGUUGGGUUUUGAUGAUCCUCUCAGAAUGCAGGAAGAGGCAGCAAACUCUGAUCUCAGCUGUAUGAUUCGCUUUUACAGUGAAAAGCCGUGUCAGGUGGAACAGUUGGAUCGCAUUCUCCUCUCUGGAGUCUAUAACGUCCGCAAAGGAAAGACCCAGCUGCACAAGUGGGCAGAGCGCUCAGUCACUCUCUGUGGCACGUGCCUCAUUGUGUCCUCAGUGAAGGACAGCCAUGCAGGGAAGAUGCACAUCUUGCCUCUCAUUGGAGGGAAGGUGGAAGAGAUGAAACGCCGGCAGUACACCCUUGCUUUCACCUCGGCUGGAGCACAGGCUCAGACGUACCACGUUUCCUUUGACUCGCUGGCAGAGUGCCAGCGGUGGCACCGGAGGGCGUCCACGGUUGUGUCUAUGCGACUUAGCAUGGUUGAUCUUUCAUGCUACAGCCUUGAGGAACUACCUGAACACCUCUUCUAUAGUCAAGAUAUCACCUACCUCAACCUACGACACAAUUUUAUGAGAUCAAGUGGAGCAGGGAGUCUCGACUCUCUUUGCAGGUUUUCUCAGUUGAAGAAUCUGAACCUGUCCAAUAAUAGACUGGGAGAGUUUCCUGUAUCACUGUGUGAGAUCUCUACUCUGACAGAGCUUAAUAUUUCCUGUAAUGGACUUCAUUACCUGCCAAGUCAGAUUGGCAAACUGUUGAAUCUCCAGACCUUCUGGCUUGAUGGCAAUUUCCUCACAUCCUUACCAGAAGAGCUGGGAAACCUCCAGCAACUCAGUUGUCUUGGGCUUUCUUUCAAUAACUUCUGUGAACUGCCAGCAAUUUGUGAGAAACUCGUCGCCUUAGACAAACUAGCCCUGGCAGGGAACUUGCUGGAGACCCUGGACCUGGCAAUGCUGAACCGUAUGAGUCACAUCAAAAGUGUGGACCUGAGGCUGAACAACCUGAAGAGAGCAACAGCUGACACCCUGGAGGGGAACAAAUCUGUGACUUACAUGGAUUUACGAGACAAUCAGAUGACAGAUCUGGAUCUGAGCUCCUUGGGCAGCCUGGAGCAGCUGCACUGUGAGCGGAAUAAGCUGAGAGAGCUGACGCUGAGUGGCUUCUCCCUUCGGGCCCUCUAUGCCAACAGCAAUUGUCUGGCAGCUGUCAAUAUUUAUCCAGUUCCUGGUCAACUGACAUGUCUAGAACUCUCUCACAAUCAAUUACAGUGUAUCCCAGACUGGGCCUGUGAAGCAAAGAAACUGGAAGUUUUGGAUGUGAGCUACAACCUCCUUGUGGAGCUUCCAUCAAGGGUCCUCAGCAGCCUGAGCCUUCGGAAGCUGAUGGUUGGGCACAAUCGUCUGCACAGCCUUCCACCUCUUCUAGAACACAUUCCACUGGAGGUGCUGGACCUUCAGCACAACCUGUUGACUAAACUCCCAGAGACACUCUUUCUCAAGGCUCUGAACCUCAGGUACCUGAAUGCAUCUGCAAACAGCCUGGAGUCAUUGCCCUCUGCAUGUGUGGGGGAGGAGAGUCUGAGCAUGCUGCAACUGCUGUACUUGACCAAUAACAACCUCACAGAUCAGUCCAUCCCUGUCUUGGUGGGACACCCAAACCUACGGAUCCUGCAUCUGGCAAACAACAACCUGCAGACUUUCCCUGCAAGCAAACUUAGUAAGCUGGAACACUUGGAAGAACUGAAUCUGAGCGGCAACAAACUGAAAACAAUUCCUACAACGGUUGCGAACUGCAAGCUACUUCAUACACUUAUUGCACAUUCUAAUGAAAUCAGCAUCUUUCCAGAGAUCCUGCAUUUGCCCCGUAUUCAGUUUGUGGACUUGAGCUGCAACGAGUUAACCGAAAUCCUAAUCCCUGAGGCACUGCCAAGUGCCUUGCAAGAACUGGACCUGAGCGGAAACACAAACCUGGUGCUAGAACACAAGACACUGGAUAUCUUCAGUCACAUUACCACACUGAAGAUUGAUGCUAAGCCCUCCCUCACGGCAGACUCGGCACUCACUUCUUCCUUCUGGAGUCACGGUGUAGCUGAGAUGGCAGGCCAAAGAAAUAAGCUGUGUGUGUCAUCCCUGGCACUGGGGAGCUUUGCAGAGGGGGUGGAAGCUGUGUAUGGCAUGUUUGAUGGUGACAAGAAUGAAGAACUGCCACGCUUACUGCAAUGCACCAUGGCCGAUGUGCUCCUGGAGGAGGUACAGCAGUCAGACACCAUGUUCAUGUCCAACACCUUCUUGGUCUCCCACAGGAAGCUGGGCAUGGCUGGGCAGAAGCUGGGUUCCUCUGCUGUCCUGUGCUAUAUUCGUCAUGAGGUGGCUGAUCCAGCCAGCAACUUUUCUCUGACGGUGGCCAAUGUGGGGACGUGCCAAGCCAUUCUGUGCCGAAAUGGAAAACCGCUGCCUCUCUCCAAAGUCUUCAGCCUUGAACAAUGUUCAGAAGAAGCCAGGAGGGUCAAGGAGCAAAAAGCCAUUAUAACAGAGGACAAUAAGGUCAAUGGUGUGACCUGCUGUACUCGGAUGCUGGGCUGCACUUACUUGCAUCCUUGGAUCCUGCCCAAACCACAUGUCAAUUCGAUUCCACUGACUGUACAAGAUGAGCUGCUACUUCUAGGGAACAAAGCUCUCUGGGAACACCUUUCUUAUGCAGAGGCCAUCUCAGCUGUGCGGCACCUACACGACCCACUAGCUGCUGCAAAGAAACUCUGCACUUUAGCCCAAAGCUAUGGUUGCCAAGACAAUGUAGGUGCAAUGGUGGUGUGUCUGAACAUCAGUGAGGACAACUGCACAUGUGAGAUGCAUGGCCUGACUCUGACAGGUCCUGGGGGAUUUAGUUCCACCACCACCAAGCCAGCAACACCUUCAUCUAGCAGUGGAAUUGCUUCUGAGUUUGGCAGUGAACUGUCUGCUUCUGAAGUCAGCAGUGAGGUGGGUUCUACUGCUUCAGAUGAACACAGUGCUGUUGGUCUUGAUGGCAGUUUGCUACCACGACAAGAGCGACGUUGCAGCCUACAUCCUGUGCCCCCCUUGAGCAUCUUUCAGCGCCAACCUUCCAGUGCCACCUUCUCUAGCAACCAGUCUGACAACGGUCUGGAUAGUGAUGAUGAGCAGCCUGUGGAAGGUGUGAUGACAAAUGGCAGUAAAGUGGAGGUAGCAGUGGACAUCCACUGCUGUAAAGGAAAGGGCCUGGAGUUUGAAUGUCUUGCUGCAGAGUACAACUCCCCUGCUCCGAGGCCAGAGGAUGAAUCUGGGCUCAUCCUCAUCAUUCGGAGACAGAACAGCGUAAACAGCAACACUGUGCAGAGAGGGGUCAAAGAAAAGUGUGAACUGCAAAAAUCUCUUUCCACAUGCUGUCUUUAUGGAAAGAAGCUUUCCAAUGGCUCCAUAGUGCCCUUGGAGGAGAGCCUCAAUCUCAUCGAAGUAGCCACAGAGGCACCCAAGAAGAAGACUGGCUAUUUUGCUGCUCCAUCCCAGAUGGAGCCAGAAGAUCAAUUUGUGGUGCCACCUGAUCUGGAAGAGGAAGUGAAGGAACAAAUGAAGCAGCACCAGGAGAAUGGAGCAGAUCAGGAGCCAAAAGAGGAACAUGCAGCACCCCUGCCAGAGGAAUUUGACACAGCUUUGUAACCCUACGAUUACCACUCCCACGUUGUCUGUCCCAGGAAGCUCUGUCUCAUAAGGGCUGUCUUGCCCUCCAAGCAGACCUGGGAUCUGCAAGGAGUACAGGCACCUGCUGCUUCCUUAAUGGAGUCGAGGAAGAAUCAGGAGUGCCAAGGUCUGGGCUGUCCACUUUUCACUGCAGAGUCUCAGUUGUUCUAUGAGCACUCAGACCAGCAGCUGAGCUCUGUGAUAGGGACUGUCUGUAACUCCUUAAACCCUGAGGUUCUGCCAGCUCUGCAGGAAAGGGUCUGGUGUACAUGUGUGUGGGGUGAGGAGGCUGCUGAGGGGGAAAUGUUCAGUGUUAAGAGUCCUAUGAAUAUUUCUAAUGCAGUGUCCCGCCCUCCCCCCCAACACCUGACUUUGUUAUUCCUUGAAAGAAUACAGACAGUUGCAAUGAAGCUGACCUAAGAAUGAUUUCCUACAUUAACUGCAAGCACUUUUAUUGAUUGCACUUAAGCUAUUCUUCUCCCCUUCAGCCCAGCACUUUAUUAUUUAGGGUUAGGGGAGAAAGCACUCCACAGCAAGUAUGCUGGGGGCUUUUUCCAAUGGAUAUUGUUAGGGCAGUUAGGACUCAGGGUACCAGUGUUCUGAUGAGCACUGGUGUAGGAAGAGUGAGGGUUAUGAUGGGAUCAUCCUGUGCAGAAUGAGAAAAUACAUAGCUGAGUGAUAAGCAGGUGCCAACUGAUGCAUUUCAUAUGGAGCAUAGAAAAGAUCAGCUCUGGACUGGUUGAUUCAGGUAAUGUGUAGAGCUACUGCUUCUCGCUGCAGAGCACAGACCCAAUUCAUCAGCAACCUGGCCACCUCCAUCAUGGAUGCUUCAGAGUAGUGGCUUCCUCUAUCCAGAAGACAUGGGAUAAGCCCAGGAGCUCGUGCUUGUCUCAGUGCCCAGUCAGGGGAGCCAAGCUGGAAGUAGUGCUGUGCUGCUCCAGGCAUGGCAAGCAGUGGAGCUGCCCUGCUGCACCCAGUGCUCUGUUCCACCAACACAAACGUCUGCACUGGCAACUACAGCGUCUUUGCUUGCCUCUGAAAACAGGAGUCAUAUUCCAAAUUCACAGCAACCAGCAUUUCAUGGUACAUGCCCAAUCUGGCCACAAACAAGGUGAAAGCAUACUUGAUCCUCCUUAGUUUUCAGAACUAAAAAAGCUAAAAUAGAACUUUUCAUCUUAGUAACAUCUAUAUCAGAGCUGAAAAAGAUGUUUAAAACAGCCCCACUAAUGGCAAACAGGCCAGUCUGCACUCAGAUAUGUUGUAUUUCCAGUAGGAUUUUUGGUGCAGGGUGUAAGUUGGCUGCCUGUGUUGUCACCUUUGUAAGGGUUCUGGAGACCACUGCCCCUGUAACAUGCAGAUCUGUCUUCCUUGCUGACAGAGCUGGACAGCAGCUGCCCCGGUCAUGUCAGUGGUGCAAUAAUCCUGACUGUAAUGUGGGCUAGUGCCUUUUCUUCUUUGUUAAUUAUAUUUAUGAAGAAAACUUAGGAGUUUCUUCUGGAGAGAUCUGAGGGGCUUGAGUUGUCUAUUUUUGGAUCAAAUUCAGGCCUUGGUCAGAAGGAAAUACUGUGCAGACUACUUGUGGGAUUCUGUCAAUGUCAAUAUAGAUCUUUUGACAAAAUCUAAUGGAGUUUUACUCAAAAUUUCAAAGCACCUUGAAUUUCUUCUUACUGGGAAAAAAAGUAUUUUUGCCAUGCAUGAGGAGCAGCAUUUAAGGAUAUCCUUUGUGCUGGUUGCAAUGUAAUCACGAAACAACCCAACUUUUUCUAAAGUUUAAACUCACACAGUUUUUGGUUGUUUAAAUGCCUGUUUCAUUUGGAACUGGAGAUUGAAGCUAAUUAUUAGAAUCACAGAAACAACAGCAUUUGAAUCCCUUAGGCAGAGAAACAACAGCAGAAAAGAUUCAAAUGCUAAACUCCAGAUUUCUUUCAUGUUCUCAUCAUAUAAAUGCAGAAAAGACUCAUCCCAGUGUAUUUGACUGCAACUUUUGAUUCCGUCACUGGCGAUAACUUUGCCAAAUACCUGUGCCUAGCCCAACACCUUCUGAUAACUGAAAGGGCUGCAGAGCAGCCUCUGUCCACAAUGGGACUGAUGCAGGAACCCUUCUUUCUGAGUAAGACUGUGACAAACUUUGCACUCUGAGAGUGGCGAAUGUUAAUGCAAAUCAGGUCUCUAUUUCUUGCACUGAUGUGGAAAGUCCAGUGUGUCCUUGCCAGUCUGAACCAGUAGCAUUGUGUGGAGAGUUGCCACAAGGAGUUAGUAAUGAAUGGCUCUACCUAGCUCAGUGUUGAAGGACUAAGGAAAACAGCUCUGCAAUGGAGCGUGCAGAUUUCUGAACUGCUCCUCUUCAUGGUAUUGGCAGAAUGGA